AUGAGUGCCACCAAGUUUAUCAAAUGUGUCACCGUUGGGGAUGGAGCUGUUGGCAAGACGUGCAUGCUCAUCUGCUAUACCAGCAACAAGUUUCCCACGGUAUUUCGCCCUAGUCGCUCUUUGUUCCUCUCCCCUCCCUCCUUCCUCACCCCUUCUCUGCCAACCCCCCUGGGGUCUGUCCACCCUGCACCCUCUAUCUGUUCUCUUUCCCCCUUUCUUCACUCUUUGGUCACUCACAUGGCUUCUCUACUGUUUUCAUCCCACUCCAUCCUACGAGACGUUGAUGUGCGCAUUCCUUCUUCCCAUCAGUUAACCCUAAUGGGUGGCACCCCCGCCUUUUCCUCUAUUAGAUCCCUUCCUCCUGCCAGCUCCCAAAGCCCACUUCGUCUGUGAAAGGCACCCAGAUGAUGACGACUUAUACCUCUCCAAUCACGUUGCUACCUGUGCGCAGGACUACAUUCCGACCGUCUUCGACAAUUUCAGUGCAAAUGUGUCUGUGGACGGCAGCAUCGUUAACUUAGGGCUGUGGGACACCGCAGGUAUGAGGUUCAUUCACCUUGCGAAUCUUAUACCAGAUGAUUUUCUCGGGAGUCUUUUGGGUAGAUAUUCCACAGCGGAUCGAGCCUGACGAUUACUACUCCUCCGCAGGCCAGGAAGACUACAGCCGACUCAGGCCGCUGAGCUACCGAGGAGCUGAUGUAUUUGUCUUGGCCUUCUCCUUGAUUAGCAGAGCAAGCUAUGAGAAUGUUCUCAAGAAGGUAAAAUCAAACCUGUGACUCCUCAGGUUACCCUCCUGUUAAACGCCCUGAAUCCUUCCUGUCGCUCAUCAGUGGAUCCCUGAGCUUCGCCGCUUCGCACCCAAUGUUCCCAUCGUUCUGGUUGGAACGAAGCUAGGUAAAUAAGCUAUGCACGCCGUAUGAAGCCACGACUCUCGCCUAAAUCUUUUGCAAUGAUAUGGUGCCCUCUUUGGUAAUAAUGGAGAACUGUUUUUACCUUGGAAAGAUCUCCGGGAGGAUCGGGCAUAUCUGGCUGAUCAUCCAGAUGCUGCCGUGAUAACAGCUGCUCAGGUGAGUCUCGUCGAUAUUUCUCUCGAGCGUCCAUUUCUCUCAGUCGCGUCUUGAAUGCGGCUUCCCCGAUUUUGUUCAGGGCGAGGAGCUCCGGAAACUUGUUGGUGCCACAGCCUACCUCGAAUGCAGCUCUAAAACUCAGCAGGUAUAGAAGAUGAACCUAUCUCAGCUUCCUCUGGUUUUUUUUUUUUUGUUCUUUCUUGAGGAUGAUGGAGAUCUCGUUCCUUGGUUCUCGUUUCACCUGUUGUUGGUUCAUUGAGUUUCUGCAUCUUCUUCCUUGGUUUCGGCAGAACGUCAAGGCUGUUUUUGAUACGGCAAUCAAGAUCGUUCUCCAACCUCCAAGGCGCAAGGAGAUGGCAAAGAGGAGGGCAAGAACCUCCUCCGGCUGCUCCCUCAGGUAUAGACCCUGCCAUCUCUGCUCGUCGGCUGCCCUUUUCUUUGUUAACAAGAUUAUUUCAACGAAUAUUCAUAUGAUUGGUGAUAAUAGCAACGUUUCUUGCAACAUGUUGAAAGGGGGUUGUUUUUUCUAUAUGCUUGGGGUCAACUUUACCUCGUCAAGGCCCCAUAACCUUUUGAUUCGAGGAAGUCGACGAAUAAUCUAA